UUGCUCUUUACUCUGGGAGGUUGAAUGGAGAUUACGGUUGCACAUGUGUAAACUCCACAUAGCUCUGUUUUUGUUUAUUUUUGAUUGUUGCGCUGUUAUUUUAUCUAGAAUACAAUCAUUGCCAAAUAUCAGAAGAAAAGAUUUCUGUUGCUGUAUCAAGUAGCAGUUGAUUUAAUUUUCUGUCAGAAUGCUGAGGAGAUGUUUCCGAAAAACCAGAAGAAUAAAGCUAAGGCAGUUAAUACAAUUAAGAUCAUAUGUGAGUCCAGCCAGCCAGACAUACGAUGUGAUCGUUGUUGGUGGAGGUCAUGCUGGAACAGAAGCAGCAUGUGCAGCUGCUAGGAUUGGGGCAAAUACUCUGCUCAUUACACACAAAAUAGAAACUAUAGGAGAGAUGUCUUGUAAUCCAUCAUUUGGUGGUAUUGGUAAGGGGCAUUUGAUGCGGGAGGUAGAUGCCUUGGAUGGCGUAUGUUGUAGGAUAUGUGAUAUAUCAGGAAUUCAUUAUUCAGUGCUGAACAAAAGGAAGGGUCCUGCUGUUUGGGGCCCGAGAGCUCAGAUAGAUAGAACACUAUACAGAGAAUAUAUGAGAAGGGAGGUCCUGAAUACUGAAAACCUAACUGUGGUAGCUGCACCAGUUGAAGAUCUCGUCCUGGGUGAUGGAGACGUUUCAGUUCCUGGGCGACUCAGAUGCAGUGGAGUUGUAUUAGAGAAUGGUGACAAGGUUUACGGAAACACUGUGGUUAUAACCACUGGCACAUUUCUCAGAGGAGAAAUCAACAUAGGACUGGAGAGGAGGGCUGCAGGAAGAAUGGGAGAUGCUCCUGCAGUAGGGUUGGCCAAGUCCCUGGAGAGAGCUGGGUUUACUAUGGGAAGGCUUAAAACAGGCACUCCUCCUCGGCUGGAUGGACGCACAAUUGAUUAUUCCAAGGUACACAAGUCCUUACCUGACAACCCUCCAGUGCCGUUUUCCUUCCUCAGUGAGCAAGUCUGGAUUAAGCAAGAAGACCAAGUGCCAACAUAUAUAACCUACACAAAUUCAGAGACAGAAAAAGUUAUAUUAGAAAAUAUGCAUCUAAACAGGCAUGUUAAACUGGAAACAAGGGGACCAAGAUACUGCCCCUCCAUAGAGUCCAAGGUGCUAAGGUUUGGGGGAAGAUCACAUCAGAUAUGGUUGGAACCAGAAGGUCUGGACACCCAUCUUGUGUACCCCCAGGGGAUGUCCUGUACACUGCCCGCAGAGCAACAGGUGCACAUGAUGAGGACCAUCCAGGGACUGGAAAAUGUGGAUGUAGUCAAACCAGGGUAUGGUGUUGAGUAUGACUACAUAGACCCCAGGCAGGUACGGACCUCACUGGAAACCAAGCCUAUUCAGAAUCUCUACUUUGCUGGCCAGAUAAAUGGCACAACUGGAUAUGAAGAAGCUGCAGCUCAGGGAAUCAUAGCAGGCAUCAAUGCAGCAUUAAAGUCACGUCACAAAUCACCCAUGACAGUAGACAGAACUGAGGGUUAUAUUGGUGUGCUGAUCGAUGACCUCACCACACAGGGCACCAAUGAACCUUACAGGAUGUUCACCAGCAGGGCGGAGUUCAGGCUAACACUGAGACCAGACAAUGCUGACCUUAGACUCACUGAGAAGGGCUACCAAACAGGCUGUGUCAGCCAAUACAGAUAUGACAAAAUGUGUAAGAAUAGGGCAGACUUGGAGGAAGGGAUGGACCUGCUUAGGACAUUUGCUCGACCAAUAAGCAGUUGGAGAGAAAAACUUGGCCUAAGACCUAAACAGAGUGGGAGUCUUAUGAGUGCAUUUGAAGUGCUCAGUUCACCAGAUAUCACACUGGAUAAUCUGGCUGGGGCUUAUCCGGAACAGUUCUCAAGGUUUGUCAAGAACAGAGAGUUAGCUCAGAGAUUAAAGACACAAGUUGUUUACUCAGUAAUUUUGUUGGAAGAGACGAGAGAGAUAGAGGAGGUUAGAAAAGACGAGCAGCUUAUCUUGCCUGAGGAUUUAGACUAUUCAAAUUUGAAUAUAGCCAUUGAAUGGAGAGUUAAACUGUCAGAAACUAAACCACAGACACUGGGAGCUGCCAGUAGGUUACCAGGUAUAACUCCAGGGGUACUGGUAUACUUGUUGAAGCAUGUGAAGAGAAGGCAGAAUGAUGACAUAGCUAAUGUCCCAAGCAGCUGAGUCAUUUAAUGUACGCAUCUAUGUGAAAAGGGGCAAUAGAUGCACUGUUCACCCAUUAUACUGGAAAAGUUCUGCAGAAAAAAAUACUUGAAGACGAAAAACUUUUCUUCAACUGUGAUAGACCCAGGAUAAGAAAAAAAAA